AAUGUUACUUACAUUGGAUAGCACAUAAAGCCAACCCUCAUACAAUGCGUUUUCAGUGGAUUUUGUAAGUUAAGGAUUCUGUUAAAUAACAGCUACUUUCGAGCCAAAUGAACGCCUUCUCAGAACUACAGUUCGUUCAUUUAGUUAAAUGAGUCAUUCGAUCGAACUUAUUCCGAACGACUCAAUACAACUCUAUACACAAAGGACGCACAGGACGCACACACGAAAUACGCAUACAGAAACGAAAUGCCACGGAAUGGCGGCGAUGCCGGCAACGGUGGCACAGGCUCAAAUGCCACUAGCGAUGGUUGCAUCUAUCCCGACGAUGUUAUAUUGGAAAAGGGCGUAACAUUCAAUGUACGCUAUACGGGCUGCGUUGAGGUCAAGACCUCCAUGAAAUCACUGGACUUUGAAACGCGAACUCUGCUCGCACGGGAAUGCAUUAAUCGCGUAUGUGAAGCAGCUGGUCUGAAGUCUGUGAGCAAACGACGUCUGGACAAAAAGUUACACAACUUCAUCUCGGAUCGUCCCAGCAUGGAGCAUGCGGGCACAAAUAUUAUUAUUAACGUAUCCAGUCGUGCUCUAACACUGAGUAAUGUGGAAACAGGCGAAAUGAUUGCCAAUCACAAUAUGCCUCGAAUUUCGUUUGCUUCCGGUGGUGACAAUGAUACGCUCGACUUCCUAGCCUACAUUGCCAAGCGGGAGGGCGAUGAAUGGCGUGCCUGCUAUGUGUUGGAAUGUGCUGGCGGACAGAGUGAGGAUCUGAUUGUGACCAUUGGCAAGGCUUUUGUGUUGCGUUUCAAUGCGUUGAGCAGACAGCAGUGUGCAGGCGCAGGGGCAGCUACCAUAGAUAACAUUAAUCUCAGCUGCAAGGAGAAUGUAAAAGAGUAUUACAAUGACCUACCCAACAAGCUGCCGCCGGAUCUACCUUGCGAGGAACAACAGCUGCAGCUGCAACAGCCACUGGCACAGGCACAAUUACCGCUUCAUCCGCACGCUCCGCGCGUUGCCCAGUUGAAUUUGAAGAAGCCGCGCGAUCGCUUGAGCAGCAAUCUUAUUGAUCUUAACUCCCCGCCACCCGAUCAAACCACCAAUAAACUCUCACUUGGACAUUUUGAUCCGUUGCAGGCAGCUUCCGUUGCAACAGGCGUGGCCACAAAUUCCAUACGCGAUGUUUUCGAUGGGCCACAGUGUCCACUCACUGCCGAAAUCUGGUUCCAUGCGGCUAUCUCGCGACCGAUUGCCGAACGCCUGCUUCAGCAAGACGGCGACUUUCUUGUGCGGGAAUCACAGGGCAAGCGUGGGCAAUAUGUAUUGACUGGAUUGGAGGGGAAGACACCUAAGCAUCUGUUGCUCAUCGAUCCAGAGGGCGUGGUGCGUACCAAAGAUCGCAUAUUCGACAGCAUCAGCCAUUUGAUCAAUUACCAUUGGGUCCAUGCACUGCCCAUAAUUUCGGAGGAUUCGGAGCUGGUCUUGCGUAAUCCGGUGCGCAGACCCAAUUCGGAGCAAUCAACUGACAAUGCAUAAGCAACAUAUACAAAACUUCAUAUACCCUAUACAUAUAUUUAUAUCAAUAUAUAUAUAUAUAUAUUUGUGUACACACUUAGAUUUACAUAUGUGCACUUGUAGAGAAUAUCUUUUAUAUAUCGUCGUAUCAUUGUAUAAAGAACAAACCCAUUUAUUUAUGGAUCGAAUGUAUACAUAUUUAUAUGUGCAU